AUGGCUUGCAUGAGUGCAGACGAGGUUGCACAACUUCUGAUGGAAACUGAUGACGAGAUUGAUGAGGCAGGAAUGGAGCUUAGUCUGGACGAUAGUGAGUUUGAAAUCGACAGUGAUGAGGAAAAGUCUAGUGAUGAAUUUUCGCCCGAAACUGCCACAUCUAGUGAUGAAGCGGAACACUUUUCUGGCCGUGGCCGGCCAAGGAUGCACGGAGUUCGCACACGAGGUGGGCGGGGUCAUAGGGUAUGGACCAGGGACGGUCGCACCUCUGUGUCGCCAAAUCGUGGCAUCCGUGGAGUGCCCCGUAGAGUAACAAGACCUAGACCAUCUCAAAGAUUUCCAACCCCUGUAUACAUCUGGACCGAUGGAGAGCAGGAACCGCCUGUAUUCACAUUUACCAAAACACCUGGUCUCAAGAGGCCCGCUGAAGGGAUAUCCCCUGGAAAGUACUUUGAGUUGCUUCUAACUGAUGAGUUAGUGGAUCUAAUGGUUACCGAGACCAAUCGCUAUGCAAAUGCUGAAAUAGCCAAACAACGUCCUUUGCUCAGGGAAUCCCGUCUGUGGGCUUGGAAAGACACUGACGCAGCUGAGAUGAAAAAGUUCUUAGGUCUCCUGAUUCACAUGGGGCCAAAUAAUCUCCCUACCCUGGAACAUUAUUGGACUAAUGACCCACUGUAUAAAACGGAAGUUUAUGGAAAGUCAAUGGGCCGAAAUCGAUUUCAACUUCUUCUAAGGUUUUGGCACUUUUCUGACAACUCACAGAAUUCUGAAGAUCGUCUUAUCAAGAUCCGCCCGUUACUUGAUUACUUUGAUAAAACCAUGAGGGAAGUCUACUAUCCCAAACAAGAUUUGUGCAUUGAUGAAUCAAUGGUAUUAUGGCGUGGGCGGCUUCUGUUUCGUCAGUAUAUCAAGAACAAGCGACACAAGUACGGUGUGAAGCCGUAUGAACUUUGCGAAUCCGAUGGCAUGGUUCUCAAGAUUGUGAUUUAUUCUGGGACUAGUGUCGACGAUGACUUACACCUGGGUCAGUCAGCUGCCGUUGUCUUGCAUCUGAUGUCUGAUUUCUUGGACAAAGGCCACUUGCUGUACACUGACAACUAUUACAACUCGGUUGGCCUAACAAAAGCACUAACAGACAGGUCAACCUAUUUGUGCGGGACACUUCGCUUUGAUCGAAAAGAAAACCCAAAAGACGUCGUUCAGAAAAAGCUGGAAAAGGGAGAACACUGUUGGAAACGGUCCGGGCCGGUGGUGGUGUGCAAGUGGAGAGAUAAACGAGAUGUUCUCACUAUCACCAAUAUGCACAACAUGGAGAUGGUGAACGUGACAAACCGCAACCAAAAGGUAUCCCAGAAACCAAACAUUGUGCGUGAUUAUAACAAUGGGAUGUCUGGGAUCGAUCAGUCAGACCAGAUGCUCUCUUACUAUUUUGCUUUGCGCAAAACAAUCCGUUGGUACAAGAAAAUCGGACUCCAUGGUUUGGAGAUCAUGUUGUUCAAUGCUCACAUGAUGUACAACGAAUCAGUGGGUGAACAAAUGAGAAUGCUGCGGUUCCGUGAAAAGGUAACGCUUCACCUGCUGGGAAACGUUGACCUUCAGCCGACCCUGACUGAAGGACCGCCCGCAGAAACUUUUCACCACCUUGUCGGCGUACCACUUACAGAGAAAAAGGAGAGGCCAACAAAGCCAUGCCGCCAAUGCACGAAAAAUGGCAGAAGACGAGAAACAAGGUACAUUUGCCCCGUAUGUCCUGAGAAACCAGCCCUUUGCGUCGAUCCGUGCUUCAAGGUGUACCAUGUGUUGUGA